UCCACAACUCAACCGACAACCAUAUCCAAUGAAGAAUUUUCCUCCCCUAAUCCCAAAUGCUUGUCUUCCUUCCACAGUUUACUUAAUUACUAAAGGCAUAGGCUUCAACAUGUAGCCAUGUGGUGUUCCAAGGUUAACUUCACCACCUCCCUAGCCAAGAAUUGUGAACCAUGAACAUCGUUCCCUAUAUAUAGAAUCACAGACCCUCUUCCCAUUUUGCUCCUUAGUGAACUACAAUACUACAAUUUCCUUUCAAAGUGAUUAAGGAUGACAAUUAUUUGUUCUUUUAGCAAAGCCUCGCACCAUCUUUGUAGCUCAACUUGGUGUCUAACGUCAUGUUUCUACCGUCUAAUCCUUGUUAGAGUGAAUUCUUUUUGUAUUCAACUUUGUUAUUUUCUCUCCGUUUCUUUCUUUGGUUUUGUUGUUCUGAAGGUUGUUAGAGUGAAUUCUUUUUUUAUUCAACUUUGUUAUUUUCUCUCCGUUUCUCUCUUUGGUUUUGUUGUUCUGAAGGUUUUGAAGCCAAGAACCCAUGAUUCUUUUAAGCCUAGGAACUUAGAUCUGUUCUUCACAUCCGUGUCUGCCACCACAGUUUCAAGUAUGUCAACUGUUGAGAUGGAAGUUUUCUCCAAUUCCCAACUCCUCGUUUUGACCAUUUUAAUGCUCAUUGGUGGAGAAAUCUUCACUUCCAUGGUUGGACUUCAUUUCAAGAAGUCUCAACUUCAGAAAAUGGAAAACAGAAUUUCUUCCCUUGCAAACAAUGAUCCUAGCACUUACCAAUCUGGGUUGGUAAUGACAGAAAAACAAGAUUUUGAAAAUCUUGAAUCAGGAAAUCAUGAAACUUCAUUAGAUAGUAGUGUAGAUUUCUUGAAGUACAAAUCAAUCAAGUUUUUGUGUUUUGUGGUUUUGGGAUAUUUUAUAGUUAUUCAAGUUCUAGGAGUUUCCCUAGUUUCAACCUACCUAGCACUUGUUUCUAGUGCAAGAGAAGUGCUAAAAAACAAGGGGCUAAACUUGCUAACAUUUUCUAUCUUUUCCGUUGUUUCAACUUUUGCCAACUGUGGUUUUCUUCCAACAAACGAAAACAUGGUGGUCUUUAGGAAUAACUCAGGCCUCCUACUCAUCCUCGUCCCUCAAAUUCUUCUUGGAAACACCCUGUUUCCCUCUUGCCUAAGAUUCUGUGUUUGGUUCCUGGGAAAGUUUUUCAAGAGAGUAGAAUCAAAUUACCUCUUGAAGAAAACAAGUGAAAUUGGGUAUUUUCAUUUGCUACCAAGCCAGCAUUCUUCUUAUUUGGUCGUUACUGUUUUUGGGUUUAUCAUCACUCAAUUUAUAUUAUUUUGCUCCAUGGAGUGGAAUUCAGCUGGAUUAAGUGGUCUAAAUUCUUACCAAAAGACUAUAGGAGUACUGUUUCAGACCAUGAAUGCAAGAUAUGCUGGAGAAAGCAUCGUGGACCUCUCAACCAUCUCCUCAGCUGUCUUGGUGCUGUUUGUGGUCAUGAUGUAUCUUCCUCCUUAUACUUCUUUCCUCCCCAUAAAAGAUGACGAAGAAAUAUAUAAGAAGAAAAGAAACAGAAGGGGAAAGCUUUCGGAGAGUAUACUGUUCUCUCAACUAUCAUAUUUAGCUAUUUUCAUCAUCCUUGUAUGCAUCACAGAGAGGCGAAAACUGAAGGAAGAUCCUCUCAAUUUCAAUGUAUUGAAUAUUGUGGUUGAAGUAGUCAGUGCUUAUGGAAGAGUAGGAUUUACAACAGGCUACAGUUGUGACAGGCAAACACAACCUAAUAGUAAUUGUGUGAACAAAUCUUAUGGAUUCUCAGGGAAAUGGAGUGAUGAGGGGAAGAUUAUUCUCAUAGUGGUGAUGGUGUUUGGAAGACUAAAGAAGUUCAAUAUGGAUGGUGGCAGAGCUUGGAAACUCUUGUGAUGGAGACAUGGAAAUAUCAGCAAUAUAUAGUGGUGCCAUGCAUGUCUAUAUAAUUAAUUAGUCCUCAAAUUAGAGGCAUAAUUAUUCUUCUCUUCUUUUUUUAGGAGAGAGCAGGUAUUCAACAAAGUACAUAAUAUAAAUGAAGC